AUUUUAAAAUAAAUUUACUGAGCGUUUUAAGCAAUAUGUCCAAAGUGGGCAAACGCAUUUAUGAAGCGCGUGCUAAGUAUCCGGACCGCACUAAGUCCGAGGAGAACAGUUUUGGCCCACUGACCGUGGUCAUGACUAGCCUGAAAACAGCCAUGUUACUGCUGAGCUCUGAAGAGGAGCCUGUCUUGCAGACAGUGCUAAAUCAUAUAACAGAAUUUGCACGCAAGUGGGAUGACAAUAUAUUGGAGCUUAAGGAGCAUGAACUGCUGGAGCUGCUACUUGAGAAAGAGUUCUUUAUUAAAGCGUAUAGCGUGAUUGUGCGCCGCCUUGCUUUGUAUUUAGUGACAGCCAUCUUGGGCACCACAGAAUUGUCCGACUUGGAGACGGAGCAGACGGCAAAGCUGCUGGAAGUGAGCUUUAGAUUCUAUCUACAGGAAGCCGAUGACUUUUGCAUUGAGUAUCUCACAUACAUUAUCAACAUGUGCUUGCGAGAUCCGCAAGUGGCACAGGGCGUUCUGGAGAACAUAGACUUUCUGGAGAAGUUUAAGAAUAUAUUUGUAUAUUCGGAGAAUCCGGAUACGGUAUUUAACUCCAUAGAGGCGCUGAAUAAGAUGCUGCAAGUGCAAAGCGCUGAGGAAAUGUUGAUGUUUACCACUUUGCCGGGCUUUCCAGUGGAUCGCAUUAUAUGCGAGAUAACCAAUGAGUUUCUGGAAAUACGCCUGGCGGCUCUGAAGGUUCUAAAGACGCUGCUGGCAGACACUAGCGAGGAAAGCGUAUUCGAGCCACUGCAUCGCUGUUUUUUCGUGCUGCAACAGCUAGUGAAAGCUUUCUGUGCCAAUCCUCAGGCAGAGGAUGCACUGGAUAUUAUUGAAGUGCUGGCCACAGCGUUACGCGCCGAAAAAAUGACAAAGCUGUUCUUUGAGCAAAAUCUCUUUGAUCAAAUUGUGGAGCAUCUGAAGGAUGACAUGGAUGUCAUGCCGCCCGAUGUGGUCUGCAGCAUCAUUUCCAUAUUUGCUGAGGCAGCCUUGUAUACUCAGUAUUUGGCACGCAUUCAUGCUGCGGACAUAACCGACAUGUUUAUGCGUUGCCUUAUGCAAAGUAAGCCCGAGCCAGGCACCUUUAUUAUAGUUGGUCUCAACCGCAUGGUGGAGUAUCCGGAGGCGCUGCGCUACUUUGUGGCCGCGUACGAGCAGGGCGUUCUCAACAAACUGGUCAGCCUGAUGGCCUCUUCCCAGGUCGCGAUCAAAACACGCGAGCAGGCGGCACAGUUUGUUGGUCAUCUCCUGCUCAGCGCCUUUCGUCCCACCUCCGAGCAGCUGAUACUGCAAAACAUUCCCAACAUACUGGCCAGCACUUUAGCUCAAGGUCUGCCCGAGUUGUCCAUUGAUCUGAUACUAUCGCUACUCUCCAUUGUGGAGAACUUGGCGCAGAAUGAGGAAUAUCGCGCCAUUCUAGGCGACUAUCGCCCCUUCACUGAAAGCGUUGCGCAGUUGUUAAUGCGCUCUUAUGCUCAUUCCAUUCUGGUGCACAACAUCUUUCGCUGUCUCUGCACCAUCGUGGAAGAGGAGCCCGUGCGUGAGGUGCUGCUCAGCAAUUUCAUAGUCUCCUCCAUUAAGCGCGCCUUGAAGUCGCUGUCAAACCUGGUGAAGACAGCAGUUACCAAUUUUAUACUACAAACUACGCGCUUUAAUGAAUUUGUUGAUGCUUACAUAGAUCGUGGCAUACUCGAGGUCCUCAUGAUGUACCAAAAGCAUGCCUUCUGUGUAUCCACCUGGGGUCCUGCUAUAGAAAGCAUACUCUCCAAGUGUCCUACGAUGAAGUUCUGCAUACGCAAUUGCUUGAGUUUUACGGACAUUACCGCUGGCAAAGAUUUCUAUGUGUCCAAGCGCAAAUUUGAUGAUUUCCGCAGCUUUCAAAAGAUAUUGCUUACUGAUUGCUCGCCGCUGGAUGCAGUGUUGGUGGUGAACUUUGAUCGUCCCGUUGCUGAUGAUAGCGAGUUGAUUGUGGUGCCGCCGAGUCAUUUGCAAAUGGCGGAGGUUCAUGGCGAUCAGGAGUGGUGCUACUGCAAGCGUCCCGGCGACAGCAAUCUGCCUGAAUAUCUCGAGGCGCUAAAUCAGACUUUGGCUUUACAUGGCCUGGUGGACAAUCCGGACAAGAUACGACGCACCAUUGACUUUGAGAAUGUGGCCAAGCGCAGCAAGAUUAUUGCCGAAGCGGUGGCCAGCGUCAUGGCGGACAAUCUCAAGAUUUUAGAUCUAAACAGCACCGAGGAGUGCUCGCGCCACACGGUGCAGUGUCAUCUGCUGGAACUGCGCUAUGUGUUCCACAACAAUUUUAUACCUCUGGGCGUAGUACGCAGCGGUUGUCAAUUUGAGCGCGCCAUACUCUUCAAGUGCUUUGCCGACCAGAUUGGUUUGCCCUGCACACUGCAGCGCAGCGUCGACGGCAAGUUGCUGUACAAUGAGGUGCCGCUGCCGCUGGAGCUGGAGAAGGACAUACAUUGCGACAAGAAAACGCUGAAGUUUAUGCCUUGGCGCAUGCUGCGUCCCACGCAUAUUGUGGAUCUUAUGUAUAACAUAGGCGAGCUGUACCCCACGCAGAGUCGUCAGGCGUUGCAGUACUUGCGGCUCUAUUAGAGAAAUUUGAUUUUAUUUAUUUGUUGUUUCCAAAUUGUUGUGGCAAGCAUUAAAUCUUUGGCAACUUACAUGAGA